UGUAAGUGCUGUAUGUGUGUGUUUGUGUGAUUCUGUAAGGAUCCUGGACGGCCGUGAUCUGAUGCCUCUGUUGGAGGGCAGAACGAACCGCUCGCAGCACGAGUUCAUGUUCCACUACUGCGGCAUGUACCUGAACGCUGUACGCUGGCACCCUCCCGACAGUGACUCCGUCUUCAAGGUCCAUUCCUUCACACCAAACUUCUCUCCAGCGGCGGUUGGCAGAGGUGCUGGAGCGGGUCGAACGGGCCGUGACGGAGCACCGCAGAACUCUGACGCCGGUGGAGAGACAGCUGACGUGGGCAAAGGUCCUGUGGAAGCCGUGGCUGCAGCCCUGCUGCGGGACCUUCCCUUUCUGCUCCUGCGAGGAGAGCCACCACACGUCUGCAGGAGCAGAGUGAAGAACCCGACGCCACAGGAGAAAAACAUUCAAAAAGAUAACUGCAACUUGUUCUCUCAAUUGCAAGUUAUAAAACUGCAAUUGUGAGUUUUUAUAUAUUGCUAUUUUGACUUCAGGG